UUUGGUGAGGUUACAAAACGAUGCGAAACCCAGAAGGAAGAAAAGUAAAAGGAAAUCUAUAGCAGGGGGAAGAAGAGAGAAGAGGAGAAAAAGUGAAGAAUGGGUGUUGAUUAUUACAAGAUUCUUCAGGUCGAUCGGAAUGCAAAAGAUGAAGAUUUGAAGAAAGCUUAUCGCAAACUGGCUAUGAAGUGGCAUCCCGAUAAGAAUCCCAAUAACAAGAAAGAAGCUGAAGCCAAAUUUAAGCAAAUCUCGGAAGCUUACGAUGUUUUGAGUGAUCCCCAAAAGCGAGCAGUUUAUGAUCAGUAUGGAGAAGAAGGGUUAAAAGGCCAGGUGCCACCUCCCGGGGCGGGGGGUUUUCCAGGCGGGGCAGAUGGGGGUCCGACGAUGUUCCGCUUCAAUACUCGGAGCCCCGACGAUAUUUUCUCGGAGUUUUUCGGGUUUUCGAGCCCGUUUGGGGAUAUGGGUGGGUCACGUGCGGGGGCAUCAGGAUUCCCCAGGGGCAUGUUUGGGGAAGAUAUAUUCGGUUCAUUUAGGGGUGGACAUGGACAUGGACAUGGACAUGGAGAUGGUUCAAUUCCCCGAAAAGGUCCCCCAAUUGAACGAACAUUGGCUUGCAGCUUGGAGGAUUUGUAUAAAGGGACUACCAAGAAGAUGAAGAUUUCUAGGGAUGUUUCUGAUCCUAGCGGAAGAUCUACUACAGUGGAGGAAAUUCUCACUAUUGAGAUUAAGCCUGGGUGGAAAAAAGGUACAAAAAUCACUUUUCCAGAAAAGGGAAAUGAGCAGCGAGGAGUUAUUCCUUCUGACCUUGUUUUCAUCAUUGAUGAGAAGCCUCACAGUCUAUUCAAGAGGGAUGGCAAUGACCUUAUUGUUACUCAGAAGAUCUCUCUAGUUGAAGCCCUAACUGGAUAUACAGCACAGCUGACAACCCUAGAUGGACGGAGUCUGACUGUCCCAAUUAACAACAUCAUCAGUCCAACCUAUGAGGAAGUUGUUAAAGGGGAGGGGAUGCCCAUUCCUAAGGAACCUUCCAAGAAAGGAAAUUUGAAAAUCAAAUUCAACAUCAAGUUCCCCACAAAGCUUACAGUGGAACAGAAAACUGGCCUGAAGCGGUUAAUAUCAUCUCCCUAAUAGUCAGUGGUAGCCCUCACUACCAUCAGCCAACUUGUGUGUGUUUACAUUUGUUUUUACUUUUAUUAUUGAAAAGGAAGUUCAUGUGUUCAGAACUGGGAUAUCAUAACGGUUAUCUAGGUGUUGGUAGAUUAUUUUUGCACGUUUUCAGUUGA